AUGUUAGCCAUCGCAACACCUAAGCAAAGAUAUGCAUUCGAUAAAAUUGUUACAGCUGUGUAUUGUGAUGAAGGGGGUUUUUUCUUUGUGUAUGGUCAUGGGGGUACUGGAAAAAUAUUUCUCUGGAAUCUUAUGUCUAUUGAGAUUUGCUCAAGAGGUGAUAUAGUGUUAAACGUUACUUCGAGUGCAAUGUUGCUGUUGAAAGCCAAACUUAUAAUUUGGGAUGAGGCUCCAAUGGUUAGUAGGUACUACUAUGAAGCGCUUGAUAAAUGCUUGGGUGAUAUCAUGAAGUGUUCUCCAACAUAUAAAAAAGAUUUGCCCUUUGGAGAAAAAGUGGUUGUACUAGGUGGAGACUUUAGACAAAUUCUUCCUGUCAUUCUACGAGGAUCGAGACAAAGAUAUCGUUCAUUCAACCGUGAAUUCGUCUUAUCUUUGGAAGUUUUGUCAAGUGCUCAAACUAACAAAAAACAUGGACUCUCUGUAGGAAUGACUGCUUCAGAUCAAGAUGAGACAGAGCAAUUUGGUGAGUGGUUAUUGAAAGUUGGUGAUGGUCUAAUAGGUGACAAUAUGGAUGGUGAAUCUGAGAUAUGUCUUCCAGGAGAUAUUGUUAUUCCUUCUUUGGACUAG